GUGCAAAUGUAUGCAUACGUUAGUCUGUUCUAUAAACUGCGAUAAUAUUUUUAUAGAAAUAUGACAUUAAUGUUUGGGAAUGUACCAUAAAAACUUCCGAAGUGGCAAUUUGUGCUAAUAGACUGUUUCUUGGGUGUCAAUAAUAAUGGUUACAGUUGUUGCUACAUUUUUUCGGCCAGAUGUGUACAUUACUCAAUUGGUGACGGGCUCUCCCUUUGUUAACCAAGGCCUCGGACAGCAAAAGUACUACUAACAUAGUUAAACGUAGAAAAUAUAGAACCGCUUAAUCAGAUAAAAAAGUCCUAGACGACAAUUUGCACUAUUUUCCCUCGAACACAUGAUACGCACCGUGUGAUUUUGCACGCUUACAAAGUGUCUAGUCAGGCCAUAACUUGCCAUCAUAAAAAAAAGGAAAAUAUAGAACAUGCAUAAAAAUAUAUAUGAGAGAGAAAGAUAGAAAGGUGAAGGUCGCUAUGAAAUUAAGUACCAAAGUUAUCAACUAAGACUGUAAUACAAUGUGCCGUAAUCAAGGCUACCUGCCAGGAAUUUCGACAAGAUAAGAAGUCGGAUUAAUAUACCAAAGAUAAGCGUCAAGCUAUUCAAUUUGUCGCUUUCUUGCAAAGAUUUGGACGAAAAUUGGAAAAAUAUUGUAGAAAAUUCUUAAUAUCCGGAACGAGAAAAAAUUCCAAAAGUGGAGAAAUUUGUCUUGAAGUAAGAAAGUUCUCCAACUUGACUGGGGAACGAUUUCGAACGGAUUCGAGUUGCAGAAUUGGAAUUCCCGGGCGACAUCGAUGCCGCAUGACGAGGAGGGAAGAAAGCGUUUAUUAGUCAUUCGCUCGUGAUCAUUGAAUUUCAAAACGAAUUCCCGAGGGUCGCUUACACGAGAUGCUGGCCGGGCUUCUGAUAGCGGAAGGUCGAUUUCUGAUCUAGGAGAGGGAGAGUCAAGGGUCACAGACGAACAGACCGACCGAUAAAACAAAAGCAGAGAGGCACAAAAAGCGAGACGAAAAAGAGGGAGCGGUGCUUCGAGGGACCUGAAGGAGGGAUUCGUUGCAUUUGGAAAAGCCUAAUCGACUCGGCUGUUAUCGACCCGCGAUUGCGCUUGCGCUGAAAAAGCGCGCAAUCGCCCGAACUGCAGGAACAUAGUCGACGAAGACUUCGUCGACGUAUCCUCAGUCGAUCGAAGAACACGCCAGAGAGUUCAGUUCCUUCUCAUCAAGUCGUACUUCCAGCACCAGUGAUUCCGACGCCUGUACGGGAACCAAACACACUUUCCGGAUAUCCGGAAUAUCGAAAAAUCUUUUCUUUCAAGAACACAUUACGAGGCUUGAGCCGGCACUUGUAGAGCAGUCGUACUGAUAAGAGGGAGCGAUAACGAACUCAAUUCAACUUGCAGCAGUGUAAGCUAUAAACAAAGUGGACCCGAUAAAAGAAGAUAAAGCGAGCAUUCUUUCCAGGUGAGGAGUCGUUUCUGCAUGUACCUUGGAAGGUGUUCUACAUGAUUAGACUAAUUAAUUUCUUUAAGAGAUUACAAGAAAAGUGAUAUCGUUCAAAUACACAUUUUGAGAUUAUCAAAUCAUCUCUAACCCUUGAUGACGAUAAAGAUAGUUACCACAUAUAUUUUUCUAAGAACCUUUUUCUAAUUACGAUAGAGAUUCUGAUAAUCGGGUAUGCUCGUUUCUCUGCGAGCAUACCCAACAAGCGUUCAACUCUCUUCAAGAUCUCAAAUUUCUAAAUAGAAUUUAACCAUGACCAAUACCCAGAUUUUGGGGCAGGAUCAACCCCAGGAAGAGAUCCAUUUCACAGAACUUUUGCCAGUUGAACAAUUUCGAAUUCAAGAAGCAACAGAUGACACUGCUGGUGCAACUGAUGCUUUGAAGGCUCUAAGGAGUUUCUCUCAAGGGAAUGACGAAUUAAAUUCCCAAGAGUUCCAAUUUUAUAAGUUUGAUGAAGUGAAGACACUGAAUGGUUGCAAAGAAUAUCCUAAGAAGAGAAGAUCACCCCGAUGGACAGACUUGAGCCCUGAAGAGGAAGCACUGACCCUUGAUGAUGAUUCUAUCAAGAAAGUCUCUAAGAAUAAACCCAAAAAGAAAAAGAAAAUGAAAAUCAGCAAUGGAAGGAGAAAAGACAAUUCUAAAAAUGACAAGAAAGUUACAAAGAAGAAAGGUAAAGAGGCUGAAGUUCUCGUUGAGUCGAGUGUGGAUUCAGACUAUCUGAAUCAAGACAUUGAGGAUGAGAUAUACGCCUUCCAACACGAUCCUUUAGAAAAUAACGUCUCAGAUGAUUUUGAAAAUGAAGUGCUCAAGAAAAGAAAAACCAAUAAAAGUGAGGAUACUGCUGAGAAGAAUCUGAGAGAGAAGAUCGAUGCGAUAAUUCAAGCUAAUUAUCGUUUAGAGCAGGAAAACAAUAACGUCGUCCAGGCUGAUGAAAAAACUCCAAGUCCUGCAGAUUCUCUGGAAAAGGGAACUGCUGUGGAAAAACAACCAAAGAAAUACACUUGUUGGAUUUGCAGUGCGAAAUUUAAAGGGGGUGGAGGAUUGAGGAACCACUACAAAGUUGCUCAUGCAAAUGGUCCUCUUUAUAAAUGUAACGAGUGUGGAAAAGAAUUUCCAUUAAAGGAAAGAUUAAAACUGCAUUUGAGAACACACACAGGGUUCAAGCCUUACAAAUGUUCCGAGUGUGACAAGAGCUUUGCUAGAGGUGGUCAGUUGAUGCAACAUCGAAGAACCCAUAGUCAGGUGAAGCCUUUCCACUGUGCACUUUGCGCUGGGACAUUUACUUGCGCUGCGAAUUUGACACUGCACAUGAAGAGACACAAUGGACAGAAAGAUCACAAAUGUGAGAUUUGUGGAAGGGGAUUUGUUAGGAGGGAUGCGCUGAAGAAGCAUAUGGAUUGUCUUCAUCAUGAUGUAAAGUCUUUUCUUUGUGUGAUUUGCAAUAAAACUCUGAAAGGACAUCUUCCUCAGCACAUGAGGACUCAUGCCCAAGACAGACCUCAUGGUUGUGCAACAUGCGGUCAAAGGUUCGCCCAAAAAUCUCAAUUGACUGUUCACCAAAGGACACAUUCUGGCCAAAGACCUUUUAGGUGUCUUGUCUGCUGGCAGGCAUUUGCUCAUUCGACGGCUUUGAAACUUCAUACGAGAAGACAUACUGGGGAACGACCUUUUAAAUGUGUAGAAUGCAGGGCAGGGUUCACACAGUUGCCUCAUUGGAAGAAGCAUAUGAAAUGUAUACAUGGAAGGAAUGAGCCGUAUUGUUGUAGAAGAUGCAAAACAUUCUUCAGGAUAAAAAGUGACUUGGAAUUUCACCAGAAGUUGUGUCGACUUUCUGCUAACACGAAUUCGGAUGAAGAUGAUAAUCAGGUGGAGAUUUUUAAUGACCGAAUGAAGUAUAGGGUUAUGCCUAUCGAGAAAAUGAGAUUGCUGUUGGCGGUUUUGCUGAAGAGAAUCUCUCAACCGGAGAGAUUGGUUGAGUUGGGAUUUGGAAAAAGACUGAUUGAUGAAGUUCUUCAGGAUUCUUUGAUUUCUGCGGGAAAGCAGCCGGUUCAAGUUGGAGAAAUUUCAGAGUUUGAUAGUCUUAAGAAGAAUGUCGAGAUAUUUUUGGAGUGGACGGUGCCGAAGAGUCACUGGGCAAACUUCAAGAAGAUGAAGAAGAGCCCCGAAGAAAUCCUUCAGACGCUUACUACUACAAAUACCGACUGAAGACGAGGAGUAAGAGGAAUAGUCAAAAUUGUUGUUAGAAAAAAUUUGUUCAGAAAUUUUGAUCUCUGUUUGUUUUUUCUGAAAUUAAGGAGAUUUUCGAUAUAAAAUGUAUCGAAUGACUACUUAUGUGAUGAUAGGAAAUCGAGGAGCACUUUUUGUGCUAUGCGCCAUCGAUAUUUGCCAUAUGUUAUACCAAUAAGUAAUAUUAGCUUAAAUUUUAAAAAGUGAUAUGAAAAAUAGACAUAAUUUGCACGUGGAGGAUUUAAACUCAAAAAUAAACUGUAGAUAUUCGAAAAAAAUAGAGAAACAAACUGAAGGAUAAAAAGUUGCAAACCGACCAAAAGUUGUAAUAAUAUAAAUAAUUUUGUAAAUUAUAUCAUAAUACGUAGUGAUAAAUCUUUUAACUCGAAAACAAAAAACAAGAUAUAAGUACUCUGAAACAUCAAAAAUUAAAAA